CGCCCCUGAGGAGAGGUUGCGGUGGGUGCAGAAACGCCCAGAGUUUUUGACAGAAUACAAUCGUUAUUCAGUAAAAUACAAACCUAAGUUGCGCCUCCACACCAUUUGGCAUUGGGCUCUCCGACCGACGGCCGAUUCGUGCCGAAUCCAGAUCUCACAACGUAGAUUCUGCCAUCAGAUCACGAGAUCGCGGACGAGCAUCCUUCGGCCUGCUGUUCUCUUUGCCUGCGAGCUGCGUGCAGCACAGACAGCACAGUUAGCCUUAACUGUGAGGGCAGCAGUGUGGCCAACCUGUCUGCUUACUCUCGCUCAGAUUUGUUGGCACGAUUGCUUGUUAUAACAUGUGUUUUUGUUUGUUUGCGACUUCAAUGCACUGAUGCAGCAUUUCAUUGUUACUGGAAAAUUGAACUCUUGCAAAUGUCCUUGCUGGAGGACAACUUUCCCGCUGGGGAAAAGAUCUUGGCUGACAUCGAAAACGUCUUCAAAAACGAUCCUGAACUUGAGGACUUUUUCAUCAUUCCACUAACAGAGAAUCAAAAUAAAUCACCUGUCAUCCACGCUAACCACAGUCUUGGAUUAGAAUCGUGGUGCGUUCAACACGUGUAUUGCUAUGUUUAUGGAAGACUAAUGAACCAUAAAACCAGGAAGAAAAGGGAGGAACAUAAAAGCGUAGUUCGCAUGCUGCGAGGAGCUCUCUUGAUUAAUCCAGAGACAACUACUUUUUGGAACAUGAGCAAGCAGCUGAUUGAUGCCGAGAGAAUCAGCCCUGAAGAAGAUCUUAGGUUCUCAGCUGUUGUGUUGAGUUUCAAACCAAAGUGUUCGGAAGUUUUCACACAUCGGAAGUGGGUGCUGCGAAAAAUUAUUCAGCAACCUGACGUGCAACCUUUUACGAUUAUCAAGCUGCUCCAGGCGGAACUGCGAGUCACCCAAUCGGCAGCUUCCAAAUAUCCGAGCAAUUAUAAUGCGUGGAAUCACAGAAAGUGGGUGUUAGAAUUCCUGGUGCCAAAGGGAGGAGAUGGAAAGGAGGUUUUGAAGCAGGAGCUGAAACAAUCCCACUGGUGGACGUCCAACCAUGUCUCUGACUUCAGUGGCUUGCAGUAUAGACAAUUCAUAAUGCAAAAAAUAUUUGAAUCAUUCUCAUACGAGGACUAUUUAACAUGGAGCGAUUGGUCUCUUGAAUUUCCUGGCCAAAUGGAUGUGCGCUGUUGCAUCAGUUGCGCUGCUGCUGCAAUUCUCGAACAAGAGUUGCAGUCGUCAACCGAUCUAUUGAUUAGGUUCGAGGGGCACGAGUCUCUCUGGUACCACCGUAGAUUCAUCUUGAUAAGCUUGCAGAAAGUCUGCACUAGUGUGCUGUGUGUUAAAUUAGACUUGUCGGUUUUUACCACUGUUAUCAUUAGCGAGUAUUCCUUUUCCAAUAACCUUGCCUGUGACUCGCAAGUACCACACCAAAAAAGACAUGCAAAACAGCAUUCUAGCUGGAUAAAUAAUGCGCUUGGUAUUUCUCCACCCUAGAGAGUUAAUACAAAAAUAAACUCAUUUUCUUUUGAUCAAUCGAGCUGUAUGAACAGUGGAAUUUCCCCAUACAUUGGAUAAAAUGUAAGAAAGAACGAGAAUUAAAUUGAUGGUCUGAUGUGCCCCUUAAUAUUAUUGAGAACAAUUGAAAGUUAAAUUAAUUUUUUUUAGAAUUUACAAUUUUUGAAUCUAUUAAUUUUUCUCCAAUUUGAAAGAAUCCAAGUCGUACUUUACAUUCCUGUAGUAACAACUUUGAAGUGAUUUUUUGAUUGCAAUAACUUUUGGUUCCUUUUAAAUAAAUUAAAAAAUAAAUAAAUAGA